AUUAUUAAAAGAUCGAUGGUUGUUCAUCGUGUUUAGUUCACGCACGUUCUCUUAUCUAGCUUCACUAAAGGCAGCCUUCUAUACCAGUGCGUAUAAAGGUUGCUUUCGAAACGCAAAAUUGCAAAUACUGUCGUGAUUCUUUUUAAAUUAUAGUCUCUGAAAGCAAUUAACGAUGAAGCUGCUUUACGUUUUCCUUGCCACUUUCCUUUGCAUCAGUGGAUCGCUAGGCGGUGGUCUUAAAAAAUGUACACUUAAGUCUACAGAUAUACCAAAGUCAUGGUGGGACAUGGUUGAACCAUGUAUUAAAAUUUUGGAAUCUCAAGUGAAAACUGAAAUUGAAGCUGCUAUGACUUAUCUUGCAAUGGGUGCUCAUUUUGCUCGUGAUACAAUUAAUCGUCCUGGAUUUAGUAAGUUCGCCUUUGAUGCUGCCAAUGAAGAAAGAGAACAUGCAAUAAAAAUUAUUGAAUAUCUAUUAAUGCGUGGUCAAUUAACAAAUGAUGUUAGCAAACUUUUGAAAUUCCCUUUGAAACCAUUGCGUGAGAACUGGAAUAGUGGUCUUGAUGCCCUUAAAACUGCUCUUGCCUUGGAAGUUAAUGUUACACGUAAUAUUCACGAUAUUAACAAAAAAUGUGAAAAGCCAGACCCUCUCACAUUUAAUGACUAUCAUUUGGUAGACUAUCUCACUGGAGAAUUUCUAACUGAACAAUAUAAAGGACAGCGUGAUCUUGCUGGAAAAAUUUCAACUUUGGAUAAAAUGAUGGGAAUGCAUGGAGCAUUAGGAGAAUUCUUAUUUGAUAAAAAACUUUUGAACAAUGAACUUUAAUUUGUACUUGAAGCAACAAAAAACUUAUUCCAGCAAGUGUAUAUGAAAUUAUGACCAUGUUUAGAAUGAACCAUAUAACUUAGGUUAAUUUGAUUUUAAGUUAGUAUAAAAGAUAAAUUUUGUUCUAUAUAAAAUAUUUUUCUAAAUGUGGUCUGUAAUAUAGACGUACAAGAAACCCUGUUUACAAAUGUUUGUUAAACUAUAAUAAAUAUAUUACUCUUACCAAAUAAAUGAAUGUUUUAAGAUUCAUAA